GCGGUCGAGAAUGGUGCGACUGUUGCGGGCUGUGGUGCUGCUGGUGGCGGCCUUCGGUGGCCUCGUUGCCGCCGACAUCGUGUGUCCCAUCGAGGAAGAGGUGGGCGACGUUGACGCCGUGGUGGUCGCGCUCAUCGACGUCCACGGCGGCGACUCCUGCGACCAGGUCAAGUUGCAAUCGCUGCAGAAAAUCGCCGCCGCCAAGCAGAUGGCUGAGAAGGUCUCGCAAAAUGCACCUAUCAGUAUUGGUGUGCAUGUGAUGGACACGUGCGGCAACAAAAAGAAAGCAGUGAAACUGGCUUUCAAGUCCAUGGUCUACACGGACUCAACAAUUUGCAAGAAACCACCCAUGUUACUCGGGUAUUUGGGUCCCGACGAGAUGGAGGUUUUUGAGGCGGUCAACGCCGUCACUGGCGUUUACAAGUACAUCCACAUCAACCCCGUCGCUCUGGCAGACACCAACAACCCUUACUACAUAACCAAGAUGGGUCAGCUGCAGACCGUUAAGACACUUUCGAUUACCCUGCGUCACCUGCGUUGGUCCACCUUUUCCCUGCUGCACUCGGAGGACGUCGAGUCUUCGCAAUUGGCCUCAACCCUGAGCUCGACGCCCGGCCUCUGCGUGCAGAGCGUGCGUCAAAUAUUCAGUCCCAUGAGGGCGGCCCAGCCGUCGGCCCUAUCAGACCUGCCGACCCGCGGCGUUCUGGUCGUCGGCCCUCCGGCCCAACUCAUAGAGGUCGUCCAGGCCAACAACAAGCUUGACUCGCCGCACAUCCUUUUACUGGUGGCACUUGAAGCCGGCGUCCUGCCACCGCUCACCCUCAUUGACAACCUCGCCGAAACAGCCCUCGUCCUCCAGCUCGCACCCAACAGACCUCUGGACAAACUGCAGUACCAGCUGGAAAAGUCCGAUUUGUGGGACGAGUACCUUCACCAGCAGCGUUGCAACUUCUCCACCUGCUCGAACACGGCGUCCGACGUGCCAGAGCUGGCGGCCACAGUACAGGACGUGGCCGCAACGGCCACUGCCGAGGCGGUGGCCGCCUUCGCUCGGGCCCUGCGCGGUGCCCACAGAUCCAAGUGCAGCGGAAUUCAGGGUAAUUGCCACGAACUGGAGACAACCUUGCCAGACGAAUGGCGCAGCAGGGUCGGGGCCCAGCUGGGCGCUCAGACGUCCCUGCCGCCGCACUUUGAAACCUACCUCAAAAAGGCCUACUCGAAUGGACUCCAAAGGGUGACUAACUACACCGGAAUUAACUUCCCAGAUUCAAGGAGUGAUGAUUGUCACCGUGAAGCAGGAAAUGUACCGUAUUACCCGGUCACCAAAAGAACCACAACCACCACGCCAGCACCUUAUUUCCACGAUGACUUCGACUACCACUCGCCAGAAGAAGAGUCGCCCGUUUACAACGUCAAGACCACAAAAUCUCCACGGAAGCAGAAAGAAUUUAUUCCCAAUGAGGACGAGAUUGACUAUGACGAGGGGAGAAACAAACAGUGGCGCUUGUUUGACGUUAACCAGUUGAACACCGUCGAGUUCUACUGCGCCAUGGCUGGCUUCUCCUGUGCUGUCGGCAUCGUCCUCUGCUCGCUGAUCUACUGCGUUGCGGCACAUUUCAGAGUCAAGAAAGACGACAGCAAUGCCAGAGACAGAAGAUCUAUUGAUUCAGGUGUUGGAGGUCGCAGAUAUUCCCAGGACAGCGUUUAAAAAAAAUCAUUCCAAUUUAAGUGAACGUUCUUUUAAUAAUAAAGUAUUUAU